CAACACCUUUCACUUUGUGGAAUGACGUGUCAAGAGAGUGCCGGAAGCUUUCAGUCUGUCCAAAAUGGCUUACCAGACACUACAACAGGAGUACUUACAGAUUCCUGUUGUUACCAGGGCAUAUACAACUGCUUGUGUCCUCACAACUGCUGCAGUGCAACUCGAGAUCAUCACACCAUUUCAGUUAUACUUCAAUCCGGAUCUGAUUCUAAGGAAUUACCAGGUAUGGCGGCUAAUAACCAACUUCCUGUUUUUUGGUCCAGUUGGCUUCAAUUUCCUGUUCAAUAUGAUUUUUCUGUACAGAUACUGUCGUAUGCUAGAGGAGGGCUCUUUCAGGGGACGCACGGCUGACUUUGUCUUCAUGUUCCUCUUUGGUGGCCUUCUGAUGACUAUAUUUGGCACUUUUGUGAGUCUGGUGUUCCUGGGCCAAGCUUUCACUAUCAUGCUGGUGUACGUGUGGAGUCGGAGAAACCCAAACGUGCGCAUGAAUUUCUUUGGCUUGUUGAACUUCCAGGCACCCUUUUUGCCCUGGGUGCUGAUGGGAUUCUCACUUCUCCUGGGGAACUCCAUCAUCGUGGAUCUUUUAGGUAUCGCUGUUGGUCAUGUCUACUUCUUUCUGGAGGAUGUUUUCCCCAACCAGCCAGGUGGUGGAAGGUGGCUGAAGACCCCAUCUAUCAUAAAGAUGCUGUUUGACACUCCAGAGGAGGAUGCCAACUACAACCCCCUGCCUGAGGAGCGCCCAGGAGGCUUUGCAUGGGGAGAGGGACAGCGCCUUGGAGGUUAAAUAUGCCCCCUGAUCAGGUCACUUCCAAGGACAUUCCCUCAGAGAAAGGAAGGGGACAAACAUGGUCUUUGUUUUCGACGUGUUUGUAUAGUUCUGGAUGAAGAAUGCCAAACAACCAGAACUGGUUUGGAGAUAACCGUCUGUUGUGUUUGUAUUUGGGCUUAAAUCAUCCUCAGAAACUCUUCUUGAUGCCAGAUCGUUGCUCUAAGACUAUUGGAGAGAACUCAAGCUUCGAAUGGAACUUUGGACGGUGAGCCUUUGGGCUCGGGUGAUGUUUGUCUUCAUCUCAGAAAAAAUAUUGAUAUUCAACCACUGUCAUAUGAAAGAGGGAAAAAUGACAGCAGUAAAAUAUUAUCAGAAUGAAUUUAUUCCGAUGGCAAGUGCUUUUUUUUUUUUUCAUUUCACUUUUUUAAAAAAUAAAUGUGUGUGGCAAACUA